AUGGCUGGACCCAUCAUCCUGGACCCAGCAGAUCCCACCAAUAACCUUGCAAAGGGGAAGAGAUGGGACUUGGUGGCCAAAGAAGCUGUUCACUGCCUACGGCAGACCUGCUGCUACAUUGAAGACCCCAGCCGGGGCUGGCAAGUACAGGACCUGUAUGAGACCCCCGCGGACCGGCUGGAUGCCUUCGUGGGUCAGAGCCUUCAGCCCCAGUGGGAACGGAAAAAGGAGAUGCAGGAUGCCUGGCAGAGAAUUGUGCAGUUUCUGCGAGAUAAAUGUUUCCAGGAUGAGCUGAUUCUGGACCGAGAGAUCAAGGUGCUGAAAGUGGUGAAGGCUGGCUCCUCAGGGAAGGGGACGACGUUGAAAUGCAGCUCCGAUGUGGACCUGGUCCUAUUCCUGAGCUGUUUCUACAACUUUAAAGAGCAAGCCCAGUACCGAGAAGUCAUCAUCAGAUUCAUCCAAGAGAAACUGGAUCACUGUAGUAGGAGUCUGGCCUACAACAUAUCACUGCUGCCAUCCAGAGUAGGGGCUAGGGCCCCUCGCUCCCUGUCCUUACAGGUCCAGGCCAGGAAAAGCAGUGAAGUCAUUCAAGUGGAUGUGCUCCCGGCUUUCAAUGCUCUGGGGUCCUUUUGCCCUGGCACUAAACCAUCACCGGAAAUCUAUGAAGAUUUAAUAAAAAGUGAUGGCCACCCUGGGGAGUUCUCCUCAAGCUUCACAGAGCUGCAGAAGCACUUUGUGAAAAGCUGCCCCCCGAAGGUGAAGAGCCUCCUGCGCCUGGUGAAGCAUUGGCAGCUGCAGUAUUUGAAAAGUAAACAUCGAAAAGUACCCUUACCUUCAAAAUACGCCCUAGAGUUACUGACCAUCUACGCCUGGGAAAUGGGUACAGAUGAAAGUGACAACUUUGAGAUGGAUGAAGCAUUUGUAGCUGUGAUGAAACUCCUCAGAGAUCAUGAAGACAUCUGUAUAUAUUGGACCAAGUACUAUGAUUUUCAAAAUGAGGUCGUCAGAAGCUAUAUCAAACACAAAUUGAAGGAAUGCAGACCCAUCAUCCUGGACCCAGCAGAUCCCACCAAUAACCUUGCAAAGGGGAAGAGGUGGGACUUGGUGGCCAAAGAAGCUGUUCGCUGCCUACGGCAGGCCUGCUGCUACAUUGAAGACCCCAGCCGGGGCUGGCAAGUACAGAGAGCAAGAGAAAUCCAGGUGACAGUGAAAAAGACCGGUGAGGAGGCCAAGAUACUUUCAGUGAAUCCCUAUAGUCUCAUCUGGAAGACGAAGACAAGGAUCAAGAAUAUGUAUGACAUCACUGGGAACCUGCGUCUCUCCUUCCAGGAGCCAGAUGGGAACCGGCAACCACUCAGUAGCCGGAAGACCCUAGCAGAUUAUGGGAUCUUCUCUAAAGUGGGCAUCAGGGUGCUGGAAGUCUUCCCCCCUGAGAUCCAGGUCUUUGUGAAGGAAUCUGGUGACCAGAACAAGCCUUAUGCCAUCGAUCCUGACGACUCCAUCUGGGUCUUGAAAGAGAAGAUUGAGGCAGCUGGAGGGCCUUACGUGGAUGAUCAGAUCCUAAAGUUCCAGGGUCGGAAACUGAAGAAUCAUCACAGCCUCAGAGACCUACAGAUCAAGGAUUGUGACACCAUCAUGCUAAUCAGAAGAGACUGA